AUGAAUAACUGGAACUUCUACGACCCUCAGAACAUCACGGCAAAUACUAAUACGGCUGUUGACAUAGCACUUUGGGGCUACUGGGAGGACACGGAAGGACAUUCGUUCAAGCAGAUUGGUUACAUAGCCAAGAGGCAUCCAAACACCGGAACCUUCUCGUUUUCACCCAGAAAUUUGGAGUUGACCUGGAGGGCGAUCUGGAUGCAUGGCGAUUUUUCCAGGGAGGUGUUAUUCAAGUGCGAGCUGCGGACACGUGGUUGGAAGACAGGAGGAGAUAGAAUGCACUGGUCGAUGCCUGUUGCUUUUGGAUGGUUUUUCUACCGGAAAUGGGAAUACGAAUAUGGUCGAGACUGGGCGUUGCAGAUGUGUCAGCACUGGUUCGAUUACGAUGGCAGACGAGAGAAUUUCGUAAUGGAGCUCGAACAAAAAGCUUAA